UAAAAACGUUCAUAAAGUCAGAUUGUUAUACUGAAAUAUGGCAGGAGUAGUUUUUCUAUAUGUUUUUAUGAUGUCCUCUCUUUCUUUUAUUGAAGCAAUUUCGCCAAAAUCCGCACGAAGAGACGGUCUCGGUGUGAAACCGAAGAGUUCGUCUGAUUGCAUCCCAGGGGAGUUUUACAGGGGGCAUAACUGCGAGCAAUGUUUCUGCAACCACCGUAGUUUUAAGAUAUGUACGGUUCCCCUUACGUGCAAGAUGGACGAUAAAGUUCCCUCAUUUGAUGAACAAAUCCACCUCUUCAACCCGUCAAGAUUGUCCGAUCUCCCCAAUGUGAACACCGGAGCCAAGUGUAAACCUGGAAAGUUAUACCGCGCGGAUUGCAAUAAAUGCAUCUGCACCAAAUCCGAGAGUCUGUUGUGCGAGAAACUGCUGUGUCCGAACUAUGAAGAAACUUAUAAUCUUCAGGCUCAGGAAAUGUCUGGGAAACCUUGCGAGGACGGUGAUAUAAUGAGGCAAGCAUGUAUCGAGUGUUCUUGUCAGAACAGUACAUUUGUCUGUGACGUCAAGAAAAACUGUAUGCCUUUCGUUCAGCCACUCGGGGCGAAGAAAAAGAAAUGUGUUCCGGGUCACAAGUAUCCCAACCUGCCCAACAGACCUCCAUGUAUUUGCACGGCGAAGGGCCAACUCCUCUGUUCAUCAUCAUUAAUUCUCGGAGCCCCGAAGAAGAGGACGAGGCCCUUUGACAAAGCGUUCUCGGACCCACACAGCGGGAAGAAGUGUACGCCUGGUGUGGUUUAUAAAAAAGAAUGCAACACUUGCACAUGUUCGAAAAAACAUGUUCUCCGCUGCACAACAAUGACGUGUGUGAGCGAAGACGAGGCCUUAAAACUUUUCAUAGGAAAUCGCAGGCCUCGCAAACAUCCCCGUCGGCCUCCUCAAGAAAAAACGGUUCGCCCGCCAAAACAGACUCAGUUGGAGGUAUACCAAUUCUCUUAA